AUAGGCGAUCUGCGGGGCAUUAUGAAGCGACUUGACUAUCUGCGCGACAAUGGUAUUGAUGGUUUUUGGCUAUCUCCAAUAUUCAAGUCUCCUAUGGCCGACUUCGGGUACGACAUUUCAGAUUAUUUAACCAUUCAACCAGAAUAUGGAACUUUGGAUGAUUUUGAUGCGUUGGUAGCUGCAGCGAACGAACGUGGAUUGGCAGUUAUAUUGGAUUUCGUACCAAAUCACACCAGUGAUGAGCAUAAGUGGUUCAAAAAGUCUGAGAUGCGUGACCCAGAAUAUGAAAAUUUUUACGUGUGGCAUCCGGGACGUCCUCAUCCGGGGGAUAAAUCUGCACGACCCCUUCCCCCAAGUAACUGGGUUAGCUUUUUUAGGGGUAGUGCCUGGCAAUGGAGUGAGCUGCGAAAGGAGUACUACUUGCAUCAAUUUUCAAUCAAACAGCCUGACCUUAACUAUCGUAACCCAGCUGUCGUGGAGGCGAUGAAAGAAGUGAUGCGAUUUUGGUUAGCUCGUGGUGUAGCAGGAUAUCGCAUAGACGCUGUACCGACUCUGUUCGAAGUGGCGAAGGACGUCAAUGGACAGUACCCAGAUGAACCACUAAGCGGAAAUACAAACGAUCCUGAGGACCCGGGUUAUCUAGUACAUAUUUUCACACAAGAUCGCAAUGAAACACUCGAUAUGGUUUAUCAAUGGCGCGCCGUUACUGAUCAAUUUCAGCAGGAACAUGGUGGACGAGAACGAAUAAUAAUGGCAGAAACAUAUUCUCCAAUUGAAAUUGUAAUGAGAUACUAUGAACAUGUCGGCGAUAGAACUGCAAAGCACAAUCGAGUAUUGGCUUGAACAUAUGCCAAAACUGAAUUCAGUUGUGCCGAAUUGGGUGCUGGGAAAUCACGACCAACACCGCGUGGCCAGCAGGUUCGGAAAUGAUAUGAUUGAUAUCAUGAACAUGAUACUACUUUCUCUACCAGGAGUAA